UAAAUUAAAUGCUAUUCUACUUCACUUUCUACGUACAAGUGAAAAAAAUUUCAAUAGCCAAGUUUCUGUGACCCCUCUUUCCGCCAAACCCUAAUUUGUGUUUCAUCAAAUUUCCUUUCGAUUCUCCAAAUUUACACAUCAGCUCUUCGAAGUGAGCUUCUGGCUUCCGUUCAAGCUUUAGCACAGGUAACUCUGACAAUUUCAUGGCAGGCAAUGGCCUGCCAUUGCCGUCUUUGGGUCGUGUGAAGCUCAGUGAUCUUAUUCCCUCUGAAGGCCUUCCUUCUGAUUCUUACAAACUCUCAGUCUCUACUUUAUCACAGUCACUUGCUCAGUAUUCUGCUGCAAUCAUUCAGUUCUCGGGUAUCGAUGGGGCUCUUUUGAGAUCCGGUUUGGAUUCUGCUCGCCUUUACUUCCAUCAAAGAUCAUCAUACCCCUCUUCGGAUGUGAUUCAUACCAAUGAUUCUCGCGAAUGGUGCAAGACAUCUGGUUAUUAUGCUGAUCCUCAGCUGUGGCAGGAAACCUAUGAUUAUAGACCAGGCCUGACUCCUAUAGAGCCGAAUAAUUCCAUGGAAUUUCCUCCUGGAGGAUUGCCGGACAUAUUUGCCCUGCUUGGAAAGGCAGCUAGAGAUAUAUUGGAUGCCAUCAGUUUCUAUUUAAACUUGCGCAGCUCUCCUUUUACGGAAAUACUUGAUAAUGUUCCCUUGAGAAGUCGGGAAAUAUCUUCUUCGGUAUUGUCUGUUUGUUGUUAUGCUCGACCAUCAUUUCAGGGAGCACAGCACCAUAAUUUAACUGCUGAAGAGGAUGGUCAGGUGGUUAUGUAUCCUGACCAUGAGAACCAAGUUGAUAAAAGCCUGAUAACUCUUGUUAAGUCAGAUAAGGCUGGUUUACAUGUUAGAGAUUUUCAUGGUCGCUGGGUUCUGGUGGAUGGAGAUCUUGGUCCUCAAGAAGCCAUUGUUUACCCUGGACUUGCCCUGUACCAGGCAACUGCAGGCUAUAUCAACCCUGCGCUUCACAGAACAGAGAUUAAUGACAUGCAGGGCAACAUGUAUGGGCGCAGUUCUUUGGCUUUUAAACUUAUGCCGAAGUCUAUGACCAGUCUCAGUUGUUCGGAGAUGAGAGCAGCUGGUCAUGGUGUUGAAGCUCAGUUCCAGCUGCCAGUGCCAGUGGAUGACUUCAUGCAGAGACCUCACCCCACUGAUCAGCUCUUUAACAGGCAUAGUUUCCAAAGUUUUAAUUUCUCAACAUCUCAAGAUGGAUCUAUGAAGCCCAUGAUGAGGAGGAGAAAAAAUAAUUCAAGAUCCAAACCUCUGCCCCCGUCUAAGAGGCUAAGGCUUGAAGCCCAAAGGGUUCUGAAGGAAAGAGUUCAGGAUAUUGCAGAUAAGAAAGGGAUCAAGCUAAGGUUCUGCAACCUCAAGGAGUGUGAGAAUCACAUUCAUGGCUUGGAUAGCCCAUGUGCUAGUAUUCGAAUGGAGAUCGGGUGGCCUGCUGGAGUACCAUUUGUUCAUCCCCAUGAUUUGCCUAAUAAGGCAAAAAUUGGUUUUCUUGAAGCAUAUGAGCCUGGGUGGACAGCAACUCAUGCUGUGGAGCUAAAUCUGACAGAACCUGGACAAGGCAGUCAACAGUCGGCUAAUUGUACCUGAACCAAUUUCUAUCUUUUCCAAAUGGCAGUAAUCCUUGAUAAGCUUCUGACUGUGUCUGACAGAAUUGAUCUCCAUGGUUUACUAUCAGCUGUGUCGUUAAGGAGCUUGUUUGAUUGUGUUGAUUCCUUAGUUCUCGUAGGCUUUGAGAUUGUAUAUUGGCUUUUCUAAUGAAACUUUAUUUUCUGAGUU